AUGUUAGGAAUUAAAACAGAGUAUUUAGAAAUUAGUGAAAACAAUUUUACGUGGCCGGGAGAAAAUGGUACAUUUCAAGAUUUCGGAUCCGUUAAUUACACUAUGCCAUCAGGACCAUGGUAUUGGCCAUGGUGUCCACUGUGGCGAGUUUCACAACAUCCAUUAUUUCAGUUAUCGAACAUGCUCUUCGUGGCAUCCUAUUGCGCUCCAAGUACAAAAAAGGGUCAAUUAUGGAUGCAUACGAUAUUAAUCUUUGGUUUUAUGCUGUAUUCAAUAUGGGCUUGGCACGUUAUAUGCUCCCCGGAUGCAUUUUCGUGGAAUUUUGGAUUUGUAUUCUUAAAUUUGGCCCAAGUCGUGUACCUUGUAUACGAAAUGAGGCCAGUGAAGUUUGAUCCGGAACUAGAAGAGGUCUAUCAUACAUUAUUUGAACCGUUUAAGGUGACAAGAUUACAAUUCAAGCGCAUGGUUUCCCCGGACUUCGCUCAUAUUAUGUCGCUUCACGCAGGAGAAGCGUAUGCCAUGCAGAAUCUGACAAAGACAGAUCGUCUGGGACUACUUUUAUCUGGAAAAGUAAACGUCAUGAGCGGUCACCAAUUCCUGCAUCCCAUCCUACCGUGCGAGUUCUUAGACUCGCCUGAAUUCGAAUCCAGUCGAGCGACGAUCGACGAAAAAUUUAAGGUAUCGAUCGUGGCUGCAUCAUCGUGCCGAUACGUGUACUGGCAACGUACCUCACUCGAGUACCUGUUUGUAAAAGAGCCUUACCUUGCAAGCGUAGUAACAACAUUGAUAGCGCGAGAUAUAACAACAAAAUUAUACGCUAUGAAUAACAAAAUCGUGACAGAGAGAGGAUCUCAUUUAGACAUCAGGUUGCCAAGUAUCUCGCAUGCUCUAGCUAGAAGCCCUAGAAAAUUGCGUUCAGCGAACAAGCCUCCGCCUCCGACAACAGUACAGCCUGUGCCACCUGAAAAACGACCAAAUUAUUGUACGCGCGAUCCAGAGCGCCCCAGUAGCUCGGUGAAACGCAACGGUGUUGCCGGUACCACGUAUGUGGAGGAAGACGAGGAGUUGAUACCUCUCGCGGCUCAUGAAGCACCAGCUGCCUCAUCGGAUGACCUCUCUGUAGCCGACAGCUGCCCGGAUACUUCCUCCAAAUAUCAUAGCUGUGAGGCCGUGGAAACAGACGACGAACUGCGAUAA